AUGGCCACCCGCCCACACGUCGCCCGCGUUCUCCGCGGCGCCGAGGCGUCCGCGUCGACCGCGGCGCUCUCCUUGACCCGGUCGACCCGCGCCUUUCGACCCCAUCGCGUGAUGACGUCGACGACGGGUUCGUCGACACGGCGACGCAUCGCGACCCCCGUCGCGCUCCUCUCGAAGAUCGCGCCAGCCGCCAAGACGAAACCCCCGAAGGCACCCCCCGCGGGCACCGACGCGGACGCCGCCGCGUUCAAGGCGGCGGGCGCGAUCCUGGCGGUCCCGACCCUGCCCACGCUCGUCGCCCCCGACGCCGUCGAGGAGGCGUUCAACGUGACGCACUCGGGCGGCUGGGCCGAUCCCUCCGCCUUCGAGCGCAUCUCCGACGUCCAGCACUUCAGCAACGUCGUCGGCACCGACUGCUUCGCCCUCAUCGCGCUCUGCGCCCUGUACGUACUCGCCGACGCCGCGGAAAACGCGCGGUUAGACUCUGACACGUACCAGCGCCUCGCGCUCGCGCUAAUGCUCUACGGGGGCGGCUCCACCUUGGGCGUGGCGCUCGCGGUCGCCGCGGGCGCCCUCGACCCGUCCUUAACCCCGUCGCCGUCCAUCGCGGCGCUCGUCGGGACGACGCUCGCGUUCGCGCCGGCGAUGGCGGCGUCGGCGUCGGCCAUCAACAAGUACGGCGGCGGGCUCAAAGGAGCAAAGGAGCGAGCCUCGGCGGACCUGUCGACCGUGACGAACCUCGGAGACACGUCGGAGAAGGGCGGGUACCUGGAGUACUACUACAAGCUCUCCUUCUGGGCGUCCAUGAUCGUCGGAGGCGCGUUCGCCUUCUCGCCGCUGUCGCCGCUGGCCAUCGUCAACGAGUUCACGCCGAGCGGGCAGAUUGUCCAGAGGGCGUUUGGACUCGGGGCGGUGUUCAUGCUCGCGCCCGCGCAGUUCGUGCUGCUAGACGCGUGCCGCCGGGGUCGCCUGGGCGGGGGUACGUUCAAGAAGCUGAACCUCGCCGUCGCGGCGGCGAUCGCGGGGAUCGACGCGAUGACCGUGUACACGUUCGGCGCGGCGCAGGCGCUGAACCCGGAUGCCGCCGUUCUCGCGGACGCCUCCGGCGGGAUCUACAACUACGUCGGCGCGCUCGCCGUGAGCUUCAGCAUCUUCGGCGUGUACCUGUACCAGGGAAUCUUCGCCCGGAAGUGAUGA